GCCGGGGCCGGAGGACGGGCCAAGAUGGCGGCGGCGGCGGCGGCGGGGCGACCGCGGAGAGGCGGCCGGGGCCCCGCAGGGCUGCUCCUCCUCCUGCUGCUGCUGCUUCCGGGGUCCCGGGCCGAGCAGAUGGAGGAGCACCUGAAGCGGGAGCACUCCCUCACCAAGCCUUACCAGGGUGAGCGGCGCCCUCCUCACGGCAGGCAGGCAGGAAUCCUCCCGGUGCAGCUUCCGCAAGCCCAUCGGCGCUGUCACCGGGACAGGCUCCCUCGCUGCCCCCCCCCAUAUCACAGGGGGGCGCUUCCCCCGUUGGAUGUCUGCCUGCAAGGCAGCUGCUCAAAAGCGAUGUAGGCACUGAAGGCUGAAUGGUGCAUUUCUGUGCAGAAAGUGCUUCACCUGUUGGGUGUUGGCCAGCUGUGGUGCUGCUUGGGGGAGGAGGUGAUGCCCCGCUUUGGGGAGGGAGAGAUUGUCCCUAGGCCCAAGGGUGGCUCAUGGAAGGAAAAGUUGGGGCUGCCACUUUGCCACGAGCAGCCUCUUGCACAUAAGAAAUCCAACAGAGGGAAACCUUUCCUCUGAAAGGCACCUAGUGGGAAUGCAAAGCUGCUCCGCUUCUGCUCUGUGCAACUAUCCAAUGCAUGGGUGUGUGUGUGUGAGUAGCAGCCCCUUGUGGAGUAGGCUGUGUGCCCCAAUGUUUGUGUGCCUAUGAGACUAGAUGGAAAGGAGGGUGUUGUAGCUAUAUUUAAGUUAAGAAUACAACAAGUGAAGCCUUCUUCCUUGUGCAAAUCUCUUCAGAAAUUUUGGGUGUGAUUGAAGUUCUGCCUGUAUUCAGUGAACUCUUGUUCUUGCUUUUGUUAAUGUAUUUUGUGUUUUCGGCUUGUAUUUUUGUGCUCUGAACUGCCCUGAGAUCUACAGAUGAAGGGUGGUAUACUGAUUUAAUAAAUAAUACAAAAAAUAAACUGACCAGCAGAGUGCCUCUCCCUGUGACUGGGUGGGCUUUUAUGUUGGUAUGAUUGGGGCACAUUGGUGGUGGUUGCAGUGUAUUUCUGUGCACAGAGCCUCAUGGCACGUUCUGUAGCAUCUCUACCAGCAAGGCCUGGGCCACCAGAUCGGGGCAAGCAACAUUCUUACUCUUGCUGGGUUAAUUGCCCUCAAGUGAAUUAAUGCACUUCUCCCAGUAGAAGUGACUGUCAACCAUUCACCUGUAUGGGAAAACAUAAUGAUGUGCUGUCCCCAGUCACUGAGAAAACAAGUUGGGUGCUGUCUCUGUAUCCUUUCAGUUGCAGAUUCAUUGUUGCUUUUGUUUCUUGGUUGUACUAAGCUGUGAUGAAAUAGCUGUUUUUAGGAUUAGGGCUUAAAUGCUCUGCUCCUCACUUUUUCAGGUGUAGGAUCAGCCAGCUCCUCUCUGUGGGAACUUAUGGGCAAUGCGAUGGUGAUGACCCAGUUUGUUCGUCUCACUCCAGAUAUUCAGAGCAAGCAGGGCGCUCUCUGGAACAGGGUGGUAAGGCUUAUUUUCCUCUAAUUGCCUGCAGGUGGCCUCUAGGGCUUCAUUACACCAGAAAUAAUUGCCUUGUAAAUUCUUCUCCUGUUGAUGUUAUCCUUUCUGAAAAUAAAGCAGUGAAAGGUGAGGCAAUUCAUAGUAUGAUAAUGAAAUCCUGUGAGGAUUAAUAUUUAGAGUGUCUGAUGUGCCGAAAAAUAUUAUGGAGUGCAGGCAAAAUUAGAUGUGAAACGAACUAUGUUUCAAAGCCAAGUUGUGUUGGUUACAAAGUUCUGUUCAUACCAGAGCUGUAUAUUGAAGAAGUUACUGCGUGGCUCAUGUUUAUUUUCAAGAUCAGAGAUGACUUUAAAAGUGAGCUUCCAAGCAGUAAAGCCACCUUCAGCGAUCCUAAUGCUUUUCUGGUGCUGGGCUUGCUGACUGAUGUGCCAGUCUCCGUUGCUGCUUUAGUAAACUGGUAUUUUAAAACCAAAAAAGCUAGCAUCAGAUGCCCAUUACAACGCAAGAGCAGUGUUAGGAACGUUGCCAAAUAGCUCCUGAAACCAGGGUUGCAGUCACCAGAACGGAAUGUCUAGUUGCCAUUUUUGGGUAAGGCAGCUCUAAAGUCUUAUUUUUCAAAUGAUGGACUGAUUCUCAGUUAAACAUCUGGCUAGUUCAGAUGACAACCUUGAGCUAAGGCUUUUAGAAGAAAUGACUUUGGGAAGAAAAGUCACCUUAUCCAGGGACAGUCCCCAUAUUCCAACCUCUUUUCUUAAUGGUGACACAGACCAUUCAUAACAUAAGAAUAUUCUUCACAACUGUGAGCAGGGCAGUGGGGUGGGGUAAGGGGAGACAAACUGCAACAACAACUAACUAUACUGUAACAUUGUUCCCUGCUCCUGCUCAGGCCGCACAGAAAAAGCAUCUGUUCCUGAAAUUCAUUCUGAUUGUGCAGAUAAAAUGUAACCGACAGAAUUCUACACGAUGUGGUAUUAGUGUGUGAAACGGUCAAGAUUCAAUGAUUCCCAGGCCUGCAUCUCUAGGUAGUGGAGAUGACAGGUGCCAUUGUGGUGCUCAGGCAUCUUCACCUGGUCACAAGCCAGGCUAUUCUCCCCACAGUCUUAAAACAUAGAGUUGUGACCUUUGUCUCCUUGUUUACUAAAUUGGUUUUGCCAGUGCAAUAUUAGUCACUAAAAUGGAAGGAUACCGGGGGGGGGGGAGCUGCAAGUUGCUGGCAGAAAGAAAUGCUCUCAAGGAACAAGCGAUUCUAGGGAAGGCUCAGUGAAGACCUUCAGCAGUGGCACCAACUCUGUGGAGUAUCUUUGAGAUUAUUUUGGUUGGUCCCUCAUCUUGCUAAAACAUUUUUCUUUGCUGCUUAAAAUGUUAGUGUAAUUUCCCGUGCUUUUAGGUAGCUCCUUCUGCUUAGGUUUGUUUUGCUUGGUGUUUUUUUAAUGCUUUGCACAAAGUUAGGUUAUUGUAUAGUUUUUAAUUGCUGUGCAACACCUUGAAUAUAUUUUUUAAUGCAACCUUUUUGCUACGCAUUUGCUGUCUUGAGGGAUUCCCUGUUUUGCUUCUAAUUUUAAAGCUUUCGCUGCCAAUUAUAUUGUAUCGUUCUCAUUAACUCUGUGUUUCUCAACCUAUGCUCGGCUCUGUACUCUGCAUGGCUUUUGAUCAUGUAUUUUGCAAGUGUAAGACUUUUUGUACCUUAAGACCAGGGUUCGAAACUGGAAGGGCAGGCGCAUUUUGUGCCUAAAAAUUCUCCAUUUGCGAGCACCUCAAAAAGUCUGGGUGCCAUUUUUUGUGCCUGGCUGACACUCAAGGAUUACGGAAAUUUAUGUGCUUUGAAGCCUAAAAGUAUAUGUUAAAGACAGACAAUAUGUUAAGGAGGUUAACAAUAAAGAGUAGAGUGUUUUGAAAUCUGAAGUAUGGUACCAAUAUUUUUUAUUGUAAAUACCAAAUUAAAUACGUAUUAACAAUUUAUGUUGAAAGGUAAAACGUAUCAGACCCAGGGACGGUUAAGUCCAGUCAAAGGCGACUAUGGGGUUGUGGCGCUCAUCUCACUUUCAAGCCGAGGGAGCCGGUGUUUGUUCACACAAUAUGUCACUUAUGUGAAUUGUGCAUUAGUUCAUGCUUAUCAAAAUAAUAAAUAAAAAGUGUUGCCAACCCCAAAUGGCACCUAGACAUUCUGUUUUGGCUCCUAGCUUUUCUAUCCCAGUUUCUAACACGGCUUAAGACAAAGAUGUGUUUCUGAAUCUCUAUUAAUUGCUUGUUUCUGCCCAAAGAAUAUAAUUUAAGAUAAAGAUCAAGCAUGAGCUAAGCCGUAGUUUAGCUUAGCAUGCUGACUGAACAUGGCAUCUCUGGAGGAAACAAACCAUAGGAAUUCAAACCAUUUUGUAAAAAUGUUGCAAACAAAAAGUGCUAGAAUGAAAUAGGAACAUCAGCAAAGAAAAGUCAAGCAGCAUCCACCCUCUAUUUGAUUAUUUUCUUUUUUCUCCAACUUCCUUUAUGCUAAUCUUCACAAACAAUUUCAAAACUUGAAAGCCUUGUUAUUACUUCAUUCACUUGCCAAGGCAAAGGUCCAGCAGAUGUUAUUGCUCCUGUACUGAAAAUUCCUGGAGGUGUGCUCCCUCUCCACUGCAUGGCUACCUGUAAUAAUUAUGCUGAGGAGGAGAUUUGGGCAGGGUGUAGGUUGUAUCAUAAUAUGAAUGAUUUCCUAAUAUCCAGAGCCUCUGCUUUUCAGCUUCCUAGGGAAAUCUAUCUGAAAGCUUCUGAAAAUAAUGCAGGAUUGGAGGGGCAUUGGUUCUGAUCCAGCAAGACCCUCCUUUUGUUCUUACUUCAGUAAAUGUGAUAGUGAAUAUCGACCCAUUAAGGUAUUAAAUGACCUGGACUUUGCAGACACCAGAAACUGUUAGAAGCUCAGUGUUUAUUCAUACUAUCCAAAAGCAGACUGGCUUUCAUCAUUUGUGUGUUAUGUUUGGCCAACUCCCUUUUUCUGCCUGCUGUCCCAGAGCUUCAGCAAAACAUUGUCAUUGGCCACAUUCAGUGUAGAAUUUUUCAGGCAUUUUACCAGCUGGCUGCCUUAAUACUGUAUUUUAGUGGCAGAAGGUUCAUAACUUGACAGUAGUAGGUUGUCAGCUGUUUGUGGAGUUGACUAUCAAGGCACUGGGCUAGUCAGAUCCUGAAGUCUUUCCACUUGGGAAACUUUCUUGUCUUUUCCUUAAACUGAUGCCAUUUUGCUCUGUUGUUAUGCCUGUGUGCAGUUCCCCAUAUCUUAAUAACACCAGCUGGGAUUAAUUUCCUUGGCACUCAGUUGGCAAGGGAAUGUAUAGAUUAUUGGCAAGAGGAAUCCCGAAAGCACUCUUCUUUGCUGUUUGCGUUUUGUAAAGGUUGAUGCUUGUUUCUGCUAAUGCGCAUUUCUUCAGCCUGCUUCUAAGUUCUACCUUUCCUUUCAGUAGACGUAAUGGAGACAGUUGAACUCCUUUAUAAUUCCACUUGUGCGUAUUCAACAGACUUCAGAGCUGUGAGAAAUCGAACCAGGUCCAGGUCCCUGCUUGAUGGCUUCCAAUCAGUGUUGACAAGGUGGAGCUGGGGGUGGCGUGUUAAGGGAAUACUACUGUCCAAAUUGGAGCCAAAGUUGCCAGCUUGCAGUUAGCAGCUGCUUUCUUGGGCUCUUGCGCAUCGGUAGCUUGAGAAAUAAAAGGACCUUGUUCGUUCUGGUUUACAAAUGCCUUUCCCUCCCUGCUUACUGGAUCCUUAUUUUCUCCAAAUGAGUAGCCUAAACAAUGAAUGCCUUAUUUGUUCUUGCAUCUUCACAAAAUUGGCAGUUUCUACAAGCUGAUGGGAACUUCCUUUCUCCCUCAAUUUUUUGGUGUUUGUUUCUUUUCAGAAAUACAACAGAGAAAUAUUUAGGGGAGAACAGCAUCAGGGUUGAGGGGCAUUUCUGUUUCCCUUCUAAAACUAAAGAGGGUAGCAUACAACAAAGGGGACGCCAUUCUGAAUACUGAAUUCUUCAACCCACCUGCACAGUACACACACUUCAGCUGCACUGUUCUUCAUUGCUGGAGUAACAGAAACAUCUGUGCUACAGAUUCCCAAGCCAACCUCAUUCACGUUUACUCAGAAAUAAGCCCUGCUAAAACUUCCUCUUGAGCUGCCUGUGUAUGUUGGGUUAUAGCCUUAAAACUCCUUUGAGCUGUCAUGGCUCACCACAAACAGCAUGGGGCACUGGGCUGGAUUUGUGCAAGGGGACUAAGGAUGUGCCCUUUCCCCUUCCAAGGUCUCUUGGAACAACUGUGGGAUGUCGUGCCAUUUUACUGCUUCCAGAAAUCUCACCACUUCUCUCUUCCUUCUUUUAACCCUGGGCAGUGGUGUGGGGUGGAAAUUAGGGCUGGAUGAUAUAUAGAUACAUCGGCCAAAACUGAUUUGAAGUCCAUAUCAUGAUAUUGGGGGGGGGGGGGGGAGGCGGUUUGAGUUGUUUUUGUUCAAAGUAUUUUAUGGUUUUAUAUUCUGAUUUUAUUCUGUGAAUCAUUCUGAGACAUGUGGGUACAGGGUGAUAGAUAAAUUUAAUUAAUGUUAAUAAUAAAAUUGGUUUCAGAAUUUUUGACCCAGCAAUAUAUCGUAAAUCAUGGUGUGUGCACGCUAUGCAAAAGUCACAAUGUGAGAAAAACUGUGAAGCCAGCCAAUGUCUCUUCAUAGCUCCAUCCUUAUUUCAGACAUUGUGAUACAUCAGUAUAUCACGAUGUUUAGCUGUUGAUAUGUCAUGAGGUUGAAAACCAAAUAUUGCCUAGCCCUAGUAUAAAUUUCUCCAUGCAAAAUUCUCCAGUGCUUUUUUAUUUUUGACAAAAAAUAUUGUUUCUUUUUUAAAGCUUUGUUUUACUUGCAUUUAGACAACAAACACACUUAAUUAGAUCAGUCUGUAGGGCAUCAGAAAAAAUUCCAAAGCAAAUUACCCCAGCUUGCAUAGUGAAAUUUUCCAGUUGAAAUUUUAAUUCACAGUGCUCUGGAAAAUCCACAUCACUGUCCUAUGCCAAAUUAGAUGGUAAGCCUCUCAGGGCAGGGGCCUGUCCUUUUGUGCUAUGGGACACGGGGAGCUUCCUUGCUCAGAGUGUCUAGUUCAGUACUGCCUACUGCCCAGGGUUCAAGAUGAGGUCCUCUUCCUGCCUUACCUGGGGAUGGCAGAGAUUGAACCUGGCACCUUCUGCAUGCAAAGUAGAUGCAUUCAAAGUAUAUUAAAACUAAGGGUUGAUAACAGAAUUCGCAGUGCUUUUGGAAUACUUUUCUUCCUGGCAGAAAGCCAUUUAACAAAUCUGGUUUUAAAACCAAAUUAAAUUUGUAGUGUAAAUGUGACCAAAAGUCUCCUUUUUUUCUUACGUGCUUGUGUGGCACAUGUUGGAAUAGUUGUCCCUGAUAUCACAAAUACAUUGUCUUCUCCCUGUCCCCUUUCCGCUUUUUGCAGCCUUGUUACUUGAGAGACUGGGAGAUGCAGGUACACUUCAAAAUCCACGGGCAAGGAAAGAAGAAUCUGAAUGGAGAUGGCUUUGCAAUCUGGUACACAAAGGACCGUAUGCAGCCAGGUAAAAGACUUUUCUCUCGAGUGCAUUGCCAAACCACAAGCCUCUGCUCAAGGGACCGAAUGCAUGCAGAUGCAUAGCAGUGAGCCACCUGGCUGCUUUGCGCCCGUCUCUAGAUUCUGAUAGCACAGAUCAGCUUGCUGUGGAUUGGGGUUUGUGUGUGUACAGUGGUGCCCCGCAAGACGAAUGCCUCGCAAGACGAAAAACCCGCUAGACAAAAGGGUUUUCCGUUUUUCGAUGCGCUUCGCAGGACGAAUUUCCCUAUGGGCUUGCUUCGCAAGACGAAAAUGUCUUGCGAGUCUUGAGAUUUUUUUCGCUUUCCCCCCCCUUUUUCUAAGCCGCUAAGCCGCUAAGCCUUUAAUAGCCGCUAAUAGCGCUAAUCCGCUAAGCCGCUAAUAGGGUUGCUUCGCAAGACGAAAAACCGCUAGACGAAGAGACUCGCGGAACGGAUUAAUUUCGUCUUGCGAGGCACCACUGUAUAUUCACAUCUUCUCUUGCAUUUGCAAGGGGAGACGACUUGUCUUGUGUAAUGGAUGGGAAGUGAGCUAAAAGCUACCUCAAACAAAGGCUUGAGAACUUUAUUGAAUGGAGUACCAUUUUUCCAGUUUAGGUUUUCUUCUUUUAUAGUGGCUGUAAGGCAAUAUACUUAAAGCUGCUGAGUUAAAACCCCAGCUUCUGCAUUCCCCCCCAUCUUGAGUAAUAAUGAUAAUAAUAAUAAUUAAUAAUAAUAAUAAAUUCCUUCUUACUGUUUUCUUGCUGCAAUUGUUUUGCACUGCUAAAGUUGGCAAGCUAGUACUAGUUUAAGUUGUGAACAUAUCCGGGAAGCAGGUUGCCUCUUCAGUAUGUAGUGGGAACCCCAAAGAAUCUCUUCAGAUUUUUUCAUUGUGAUGUCGGGAUUCAACUGAAAGUGCACUGGGAGAUAAGUAAUGGUUCCCACACCAACGUCUGCUCAUCUGGUUCUAGGCUAGAGGCUCUAGAGUGUGAGGAAGGACAACCCCUGAGAUCCUGUGCUUUGCCUAAUGCCACAUGAUAAAUUUGUUUUGGCCCUAAAUGGAUGCCGAUCACUUCUUCUGCCCCCAGUAACUGGAUGCAUUCACACUGUGUCUCUCUCAAACAGGUUAAUGUAGAAGAGCCCUGAAGAAGCCAGGAAGUUGGCACUUAGGACGUCAGUGGGGAACCUCUUCUUAGGCCCUCCCAGCCUCCACGUUAGGCCUUUGAGGCUGCUUUGACUAAGCCAUGCCCAACCUCCCUUGCAUCUGAUGGCGUCUAUGAAGUUGAGUGUAGGGCAGGUAAAGGCACGGCUGAGUUGAAAGUGAGUUUGCAGGCACCUGAACAGUAGCACCUGCAAAACCCCUAAACAGCACUUUGCUUUCAUCUGAUUGUUAGGGCUUGCAAAGCACUGUGCACACAAUGGUCAGCUGAUUGUUGGCUUUGCAAAGUACAGGGCUGUGCCUUUGACCACAUGGUUUGGUUUCAAACUACAAAGGCAAAAAUAGAUCACCUGACAUUGUUGUGAUGUCAGAGGAGUGACCCUGCCCAUCUGUCAAACUUGGCCUGUGGGCAGGUGGCAGGUAAAGGAGAGAGGAGGGUUUGGCCUGCCUGCUGGAUCCUAUUCCUGACCCCUGACUCGGGGGAUAAGGUGGUAUUUUUUUCAACUAAAACCAGUUUGACUGAGCUGUAGCUUUAAAUGGGAGAGGCAGACCUGCAUUCUCAAGAACCAUACUUUUCUGGGCAGUGAGCCAGAGUCUUAAAGUGUGAGUUGCUGCACAAUAGCCAUCUCCAACCUGGUGCCUUCCAAAUCUUUUGGUCUGCCUGUAGCCCAAAACAUCUGGAGGGCAUCAAGCUGGAGAUGGCUAUUCUACAAGAACAACGUCCAUGAAUGACUAGGUUACUGCCCCCCCCUUGAUUAAUGUACUUGUAUUCAUAUGUACUUGUAUUCAUAAGCAUUUGAAUGUGGGUGCUUUUACACUCUGAAAGCACUUCCCCUUGGAGUUAAAUUUGUAUCUCUUGCUCAAAACCUGACUAAAGUCUGGUAAACCCACCAAGAAUCAUGUUGGAUUGCUCCAGGGUCCAUUUCAGGGUUAGCCAUCACUGACUUCAAAAUGUGCUGAUUUGGGAGAUGGAUGACUAUUGAAUACAGGCACGAGAACCUUGCACUUCUCUGCUGUAGAUUUGCAUUGUUCAAAAUAAGCUAUAAAGUUGAAAUGUGUUGUAAUGGGCAUCCAUUAAUAAGUCUUUCCAAAAGUUGUGUAAAUGGGAAGCCAGGUCUUCUGUAGUUUGGUUGUGGGGAAUAAGCCUGCUUAGCUCAAACUUCUGCUUGCUCCACCAAGUGGUGGAGUAAAAUGCUAGAAAGAAGCAGCUGGUGGAAUCUGAUGGUGAACACACUGACAUCUGUUCUAGGGCCUGUCUUCGGGAGCAAGGAUAACUUUCUAGGGCUGGGAGUGUUUGUAGACACCUAUCCAAAUGAGGAAAAACAGCAGGAGGUAAGGUGGCUUUGGAACAGCGGUUAUAGCAGUGGGAAAGCGGGGGUGGGGGGGGUGGGGGGGCAAUCCUUGUUGUUCAGUGUCCCGGGGUGUCCAUUGCAAUGGGAUGAAGGUUUUGGUUUUUUAAAGUGCUAAGUCUGUUUUCUGCUUACUAGCUGGUUCAGGGUCUGUAAUUGGCCGUGAAUGACAUAAAAUGAACCACAAAUAGCAUGAUCUGUGUGUUUAGAGUGCAGGAUUUUAAUACUUCCAGCACAAUGUAAAUUUGUCGUGGUCUCCAUCAAUUCAGUUUUUCAUAAGCAUUGCUUUUUGCUACUCAUCUGAAGGGCUGAGAAACUGUGCACUGAAGCCACACACCCCAAUGACAGGAAAUAUAUAUUUAGCUUUGCUUCAACCAACUUUGCCCAUGUGCUUCCCUGUAUAACUUUAUAUCCAUUGAGCAUAGCUCAGCUUUCUUGAGCUUCAUGUCCACUCAGUGUUUUGGAUGACAGCUCCCCACAGGCUCCACCAACAUGGCCAUGGUUCCUCAUGAUCCCCAGCAAAGUAUUAUUUAUUAUUAAAUACGUUAGUUGCUCUGUCUUGCCCAGGGCAACUUAAAGUGACUUACAACCAACUAAACCCCCAUUAAAACCAAGAGGAGAAAGAAAUACAUUUAAAAACAUCUGGCCCACCUCUAAAAGGCCAUAGAUAGUUAAAGGCCAAAGACCUGGUUGAAGAGGAACAUUUUCACCUGGUGCCUUAAAAUGUAUAAUGAAAGCGCCAGGUGAUUCUCCUUGGGGAGAGCAUUUCACAAAUGGUCCACCACCAUAGAAAAGGCCCGUUCUCGCGUUGCCUCCUUCUGGACCUCUCAUGGAGGAAGCACACAAAGGGCCUCAGAUGAUGAGCAUAUGACCACGUUGUGGCUGGUGGUAGAUGCAGUACCAGAUACCUCCUGGGUACCAGGCUGACAAGGGCAUGACUAGAAUUGUGGUAACUCCUCAUUUAAAAAAAAGAUGGUCUAGCCCAGGGGUCUGCAACCUUUAAGACAAAAAGAGCCACUUGGACCGAAGAAAAAAAACCUGGGAGCCGCAAAACCAUUGCGACAUUUAAAACAGUGGGGAGUGUCGGGGCACACAAUGCGCCUCCUCCCCUCGCUAGUAUCCGCCCCGGAGCCGCGGCAAAGGUGUAAAAGAGCCACAUGCGGCUCCGGAGCCGCGGGUUACUGACCCCUGGUCUAGCCAGCUAUUUAAAAUACGUUCCUUAACUUGCAAGAUCUUUAUUGGUUUCUGCCUUCUUUUCUGAGAUUGAUGCAAAUGUUUUUGUACAUGGAAGUGUGCAUGCAUCGUAUAUCUGAGGAACUAUGAAGGAACCUUGUCUUGAAUCAGUGACUAUUAUAUCUGCCUCUUUUUCUUUUUACCAAGUCAGAAUUGAGGAGCUUCUGUCUGGUGCCCUAAAGGACAUCCUGCUAGCAGGUUUGCUGCCAUAUUGCAGCUUCUCUGUCAAUGCGAAAUCUUUUCUGAGUUUAAUCCCCAACUCUCAUCCUAUUACUGCCCUGUCUUGGUUGAGAUACGAUAAUGUGUAACCUGUAAAUCCCAAACCCAUCUGACUAGUUAUUCCAAGCCAAUGCUGCUUGCUUUUGAUUCUACGUUUUCAAUUCUAUUUUUGUAUGUGCAGAGAGUUUUUCUUCAUUGGAAUCAAAUGUUUUAAUCCCUUCCUGCAACCUAAAGCUGUACAAUCUAGGGAAAUUUUACCAUCCGAUUCUAUUCUAAAAGUUAAACUGGUUGGAAUUGCCAGAUGUUAUGUACAGCUGUGAUGUGCUAUGUUGAAUAUUCUGUCCAGUGUUCUGAAAUUGCCAUCUCCAGCCUGGUGUCUUCUAGGACUGAUGUGAGUUGUAAUCCAAGGCAUCAGGAGGGCACCGGGUUGGGGAAGGUUGUUCAGAACAAGGGUGGCCAAGUUCAGUAAUACAGUUGAACUAAUGACCCCAUUCCAAGGCCAUGGAGCAGGGUCUCCAUCUCUUUCUCUCCCUCCCCUCUGUCUCUUUCAUUCACUGUCCACCACAGGUCACUUUAAAUCAAGACCUCUGAACAUGGCUUCCAGAAUCAAAUGGUUUCUACCAUGGACCAUCCUUGGCAGCACGUGGCAUGCCCUGUAGCGGCUCACCUUAUUGUGGAGCAGAGCAGCUCUGUGACAACAAAACUACCCCUUCCCAUCUUUACUUUGGAUCUCUCCUCUUCAAAUGGCAAGCAGACUUGCUGCACAAUGAGGCUCUGCAGUUUCAGACCUUUUUUAAAAAAAUCUGGUUGGCCUUGCUGUGGAAAUACUGAGCAGUUGUUUCCCCCCCAAAUAAGCCGAUAUUUGCUCAGGUUUUCUAAUACUAUUUGAGCUUUGCUUUUGUUUGGCUACCUGAGGAGGCUCUUUGUAUUCCCUUUUGAAAUGUCUCCCUUCAGUGGAGCUCUGAAUUUGCCUUAAAUGGCAGUGAAAGCCAUUCUUGAACCUCUGGUAGUAACCCUGCAGGGCCCUCCCAUGAAAGGAAGUUCAGUUUCUCUUCCUGCUCCCCGUGGUCUUGGCCAGUGUGAACUUGGGUGGGGAAAGUGAAGCACCUCCUCCCCCCCCAUUGAAAAAGAAGGCUCAUUUUACUUGUACGCGCAAGAGAGUUUUAUUGUAAAGUCACUUGCCUGCCUCAGAACAGUCUCACCUGCUCUGCCUCUGCAUGAGCUACUGAUCUAGGCAUACCUCAGGCAGGGAGCAGGCAGCCUCCUUGAAGGGUGAGUCACUUUGGUUCCUCCCUGUAGUUAGGAAUGAGGAGAGUGAUCCAGUUGCACCAGAUUCAGGAGUAGCAGCAUUGCCUGUUGCCAGUUGAGGCCAGCAGUGGAUGGAGGUGAAGACGCCCCUCUGGAUGAAAUGCUAGUCCAACAGGGAGCCAUCACUGUAGGCGGAUCUCUAGGGCCACAGGUGUCCUUGGCCAUCUGAUUCAGUUGAUUUCUCCUGGACGUUGUCUGGUGCAUCUGGCAAGUGUGCAAAGAACCUGGUGCACAUGACUUGCUGGGGGAUGGUGGCACUGCUUACGAAGCAUUUGGCUGGUAAGCUCUGUGGGUCAAGAAGUAUCUUGAUACUGUAUGCAACAUUGAAGUCUGUAGAAAGGACUUCAAGAUCUGAAAACAAACAAUAUGUACUUUUGUAACCCAAGAAGAUAUUUAAUAAAACAAUUUUAAAAAUAAAGUAUGCUGGGCAGGAUUUAAAAGCUGUCUUUUUUUAAUGUCAGGAUUUGCAGUUUGAAAAACACAACCCGUUCCAUUGCCUAUAUGCAAGCACGUGGUUUGGCUGGAUUCCUGCUUGGUAGUGUUGGGUACUUCAGUUCAUAUCGUUGAGCCCAUUUGUGGUUAAAUUUCCUCACCUGCGCUUUUAGAGUUUCUUUAGAUUUGUAUCAAAAUAUCCCUGACCAUCAAUUCCAGGAAUAUGAAUAGUUGCCAAGGCUUUCCCCCAUAUGGAUCUUGGUCACGGUUGAGUGGUGGUGUGUAGUUUUACAGGUCAAUGUUUAACUGUCUGUUGGAUGACUGUUUCUUGCUUCAUUCCCUCCCUCUCUCCCUUGCUUUGCAAUAACUGUUCUGGAUUCUCAGGCCCAGAAGAAGAGGUAUUCCUCAGGAAACCAGGUACUUGAAGAUGCUCUCCUAGCCUUGCAUCAAGCUUAUAGCGUUCUCUUUGCCAGUCUGCCUCUCUUACUGCUUUUGGGUUUUAUGUCUGCCAAUAUCCCAGGUCAGAAAACUCCAGUGCUUGAAACCAGAGCGACAAUUAUUGAAUGACAGCCUGUUUUACUGGACCACCCUCUAUUUUUCCAUUCUUCACCAUCCUUUCCCUGCAGAUCUGGCUUUGCUAUAUGUUUAGUUACUGGGAUAUUUUCCCCUGCCUUCUCUUGUGCGUCUCAUCAGUUUAAUGCAUUUGGAGCAUAGGGACCUCUGGGUUCAAAUCUCAGACUCCUCAGCUGGCCUUGGGCAAACCACAAAUUUCAGGCCUCAGUUCAUAAUCUGUAGAUGGGGCGAUUGUCCAAGAUGAACUUGGACUAGUAAAAAUGAAAAGUGACACACUGUGACCUUCCGAGAGCCACUUCCACUGUUAGGCAGGGCACAGUUGCCUUUGCAGAUACGUAGUAGGGUCCUUCUGUGCUAAGAUGCAGACAGGGCUUUAUGGUGGUCACCUAAAGUGCCUGGGAAGAGGGAGAGGUCUUUAAACCGCUUAAGAACAUAAGAGCCUGUUGGAUCAGAUCAGUGGCCCAUCUAGUUCAGCAUCCUGUUCUCACGGUGGCCAACCAUAUGCCUUGAGGAAACCCACAAGCAGGACCCGAGUGCAAGAGCCUUCUCCCCCUCUGUGCCUUCCAGCAGCAGACUGCCUCUGGCCUUGAAGGCAUCAGUAGCCCCCUCCUCCAUGCAUCUGUCCAGUCCUCUUUUAAAGCCUUCCAGGUUGGUGGCAAUCACUGCCUCUUGUGGGAGCGAGGAUGCUCCGUGUGAAGGAGGACUUUACUUUAUCCAUCCAGAGUCUUCCAGCAUUCAGCUUCAUUGAGGUCCAUGAGUUCUAGCGUUUUGGGAGAGAGCAAACUUUUCUGUUUGCCUUCUUCAUGCCAUGCCUGAGUUUAUAAACUUCUUCCUUCUCACCUCUUCCCUUUAGCAGAAGACCUUGCAUGGUGGCUUUAGGACAGACAAGUGUUUUGUUAAAAAUUAUGAAACUCGCAGUAUUCAAAGUGUGGCGAUGGUCACUGCUUUAGAUGGCUUUAAAGGGAGUUGAGGCAAAUCCAUAAAGGAGGGCAGGUCUAUCGGUGGAUUAUCCAGUAGUCACAACAGCGAAACAGAAUCUGUGCUUUUGACUGACUUGAUGCUGCCUGGGGGAUGGGGCUCUUACAGGCUUUCAAGCAUAUUUUUUAUAAACCAUAUGGCUUUGAAACUUGAGGAUUAUUAUUAUUUUAAAAAACUUGAAGUUUUGAGAAAUGGAAUUCUGUGCCCAGUUCCAUAGUCUAUAUGUUUCUAGGCUUGUGCUGAAAGGUGGUGUACCUAACAACACUUGAUGCAGAUAUCAGAAGUAAUACACUAAUGUUGCCUGGUUAGAAAUGUAUAGUCUAAAAGGGCAAGAUGCAUCUCUUAGAAGAAUUUCAUGGGGCACAAGCCUCACGGUUAAGUUCUCCCGUGAGGUUGGCAAAGGGCCUGUGUUCUCUCACGACAAUCGAACCAUUCAUGGAGAACUGCACUCUACGUCUGUAGCCAUCUUGCAGUAACCAGGAAGUCUCCAGCCUAUUGUUUAGUCGUGGAGCAGCCUGUUGGCUCAGGCGGUGCUACAGUUGCUUAAGCUGGUGGUGGGCAUUUUAUAUCUUUGUACAUUAGUUAGUUUUGUACCUAUUUGCUAGGUGAGACUCAAUGUGUUUUGAGAGCAUCAAAACACACCCUUCUAGAAUUUGGGGUGUGCCUCUCCUAUUUCUGCUGUGCCUGAAAGUAACUGAGCACCUGCAAGUAACUGAGUUACCUGCAAGUAACUGAGUUACCUGCAAGUAACUGAGCACAAGAGCGCACUCUCCUUUGACUUCCAGCAACGGGCAUUCAGAAACAUUACUGUCUCUGAACGUGGAGGCGGAACUUGGGCAUCAUGGCUGGUAGACAUUGAUAGCUUUCUUCUCCAUCACUGCCUCCUUUGGGAGUGAGUGCUGUUGUCUAAACCUUUUUUAGACCUUAACUUUUGCUCAGAUGUAGGAGUAGUUUGUGCUGAUCUGUGCUUGCUUGUCCAGAGUAAGUCCCAGCCCUGCUAAUGCUCAUGCUGGGUUCUGUCUCUGUCCUGCUUGGCUCCCUGCAUGCCUGUUUCCCCUCCCUUGUCCACUGGAUGUGACCAGACCUUUGACAGAGCAGUGUGCAAAUAGCUGGCUGACCUGCAGUUCCUCCCUUCUCUUCCAGCGGGUGUUCCCAUACGUCUCUGCCAUGGUGAGCAAUGGGUCCCUCGCCUAUGACCACGACAGAGAUGGCAGACCCACUGAACUUGGUGGAUGCACAGCAAUGGUGCGCAACUUGAACCACGACACAUUCCUGGUGAUCCGCUAUGUGAAGAGGAGGCUUACGGUGAGUAUUUCUCUGUGCACUUUGUCCUCUGCAUUCCACAUUCCCACCAGCAUUCCUCAGGUGUGGCCUCAGAAAGGAGUAGGUUGGAUUGAGUCUUCUCUCUUUUCAGGUCUUGCUUGAUAUCGAUGGCAAGCAUGAAUGGAGAGACUGCAUUGACAUCCCAGGAGUACACUUGCCACGCGGCUACUACUUUGGGGUCUCUUCUGUCACCGGGGACCUGUCGGGUACUGCUUUUAAGGCCGGCGGAAAGCAUCCUCCUCCUCCUGCUGCUGUGUUUUUCAAGAGUCCAAAGCCAGAUCUCCUAGAAGCAGAAAUGAAGAAGUUCAGGGAAAAGUGAACCCAUAAAUGGCUGCUGGCUCUCAUGUUUUCCUGUCGUUCUGUUUGUAGAUGCCUAAAAUAUCUUUAGUCUUUCUCAGGCAUAGGCAAACUUAGCCCACCAGAUGUUUUGGGACUACAAUUCCCAUUAUCCCUCAUCACUGAUCCUGUUAGCUAGGGAUGAUGGGAGUUGUAGUCCCAAAACAUCUGGAGGGCCGAGUUUGCCUAUGCCUGGACCAGGUGAGGGCAGACUUCAGGCUUGUGGGAUCUACAUUACAACUCACAGAUGCAUCAGCUGUAGCCAGGGGCUAAAGAUGUGCACUUAGAAUUAAGAGAAAAUUGCACCUAGGAACAUCUUGAGUUUCAGAAUUAGAACUGAGCUCACAGUCCUUACACUUGCAAACAUACCUGCUGUAUUUUCAUGGGUCUCAUUUUCAAAUGGGCAUCACUCAUGUGCCUUGUGUGGGUUCCUCUCACUUAGACAUGGCCUCUUACGUGCUCCUAACUGGGCUCAUUCACCCUUUUUUUACUCAUGUCUCACCAAAGUUUCUAUGAUAAGUUAUUAAUUGCUUAGCGGUGACCUCUGUCCGCCCAUUGCACCCCAGUGGCCUAAGGGCUGCACAGCUUCUCCUCUGAAGAUGCAAAUCCUGUCCAUAAGUCAGAGCUGGUUGUUCCUCUUUAAUCUAAAGGAAUGGCUGGCUGCGCAUGGAACAUGGGGAGGACUCCAGGAUGGAUGCAUCACCCAGGGCCAACUGCCAUUGCACAGUGGGAAGGAGAGGGUGGAUCUAAGUUGACCGAAGGGAUCUGCUGUGCAGUUGUGUGCUCUUGCCAUUCUGUGAGCAUGUUAAUGAAGUCUAGCUUAAAGGACUGCCGCACAGCCGCUGGUGUUGGGUCUGUUUAGGCAGCCUAGUUCCACAAAGUUCGCUCCAGUCAGUGAUGGGCAAAGUCAUUCCUAUUUGUGAGGAGUUUGGGACGAGCUAUCUGGCUACUCUUCCCCAGAUAGAAUUGACAAAAUAGAGUUCUUGAACAAUGGUCACAAGCCAUUCCUGAGAUGUCUGUGAGAGCCAAGUGGGAAGGCUACCUGGCCAACCAGUAGAGGUUGUGCUCCCUCCCACGCAAGGGGGAAUUUCAGCAGGUGUGAGGGGAGUGCCUGCCUGCCUGCCUGCCUGUUGUGCUCACACUCUUCCUUCUUCCUAUUCCUCUUUUGCCCCAGAUAACCAUGACAUCAUUUCCCUGAAGCUGUACCAACUGACUGUUCAACGAACACUGGAGGAGGACAAGCGGGACAAAGAAGUCUUCUUACCUGUGGUGGAGAACAUGAAACUGCCUGGAAGUAAGUGUGGGUGGGUGGGUGGGUGGGUGGAGUGAUGGGGCUUUAGGGCUGGAGUUUCAGGAAGAGAUGCGUUAGGGAUGCAGAUUUUUGGUUGCUUGCAGAGGAGUCCUGCUCUUUUGAUCUUAAGAUACUGAUAUCACACAGUUAAUUCUUACCUGUGCAGCAGUGGGCCUUGUCUGCAACACUGACAGAAGGAGGUCAGUUUCAAAGGUCAGAUGUUAAGUCCCUGAAGGCUUAACUUAAGAGUUGUCCAGAUAAUUCACAUGUGCGUCUGCAGCAUGGAUGCCACUUCCCUGACUUGUAAUUCAACACUCCUUGGGACCAGGAAGAUGAAGCAACUUGGCUGCUGUUCGUGGGGAAGAGCACAAUUCACUGGCAUAGCACAUGACUUGCAUGAAAAUAGUCCCAGCUUCAGUUCCCAGCAUCCCCAGGAAAGAUUUUGCCUCAAACCCCGGAGAGCCACUGCUGUGCAAGUAAGUGAAAGCCAGAGGUGGGGAGCUGUGGCCCUCCAGAUGUGGUUGGAUUCCAACUCCCAUGAGCCCCAGCCAGCAUGGCCAGUGGUCAGGGGUGAUGGGAUCUGUAGUUGAGAAACAUCCAGAGGGCACCAGUUAGGCACCCCCUUCCCUGGUAUAGAAAGCACUGAGCUUAGAUGGACCCUUGAUCUCUAGAUGAGCCCCUGCUGCUGCUCUUCCCAGAAUCUGUUACUCAAAGGCACAAUACAUCUGAGAUUUAGAUCCCAUCUAGGUAUUCUGGCUAAUAGUCAACCACAAGCUAAAUUUGUCCUCCAUGCCUACUCACUCUGCUAACCUUUCUUGACGUGAAGCUAAGUUUGGUCAAGGAAUUCAGCCAAAGAGGCACAAGGUUUUUCAUGGCUAUUUCUUGGUAGCUGAGCCUGAUCUAUGUUUCCAUCCUUUGCAGUAGAGACUCCAAUGGAACCAAUGAGUGGCCUUGCUCUCUUCUUGAUAGUCUUCUUCUCGUUGGUUGCCAUCGUGUUUGCCAUCGUCAUUGGAAUUAUAGUCUACAACAAAUGGCAGGAACAGAGCCGGAAACACUUUUACUGAUUUGGAAGCAUCCUGUUGCAUUCUUCCUCCUUUGCCUUCUGGAGGGUCAUUGGUUUUGUUGGCAUGGGUGGUUGCCUAUGCAGGCAGCUAGUUUCCAGAAGCCAUGCUGUGAGGACUCCUGUCCAUCUGGAUCUUAUACUUCAAUGGCAGCCUUUGGAUUGGUGGUGGGCCCCCAAUGAUGGAGGCAGCCAUAUCACUCUGCUCUACUUUGACUGCUUUGAACUGUGAGUUUUCAACACUGGCAUUUCUACGAGACUUUAUAGACAUAUCCUUGAUCAUGCAAUGUGAAGUGAACAUUCAUCACAUCGCUCUAUGUAGAUGCCAAUGAGAUCUGGAUUUGGUAACCUCUGCUGUUCCCUGUGGAGACUGGUUGGAAACCAGAGUAGUUGAGUGGGUGUCGACACACUGGUAUGUUGAUCAAGGCUGUUUGGUCUGGAUGUUCUACUGCAGGGGGUGGCUAAGCUGAGUUUUGCAGAUGUUGUAUUCCAACUCUUGUCAGCCCCAGCCAGAAUCGCCAGUGGUUGGGGAUGAUGGGAGUUGUAGUCCAGCAGUAUAUGGAGGGCCACAGGUUAGCUAACAUUGUUUUACUGGGAUGCCUUAACUAGCAUGUAGAUCAGUCUUUGGCAACCUAGCACCCUCCAGUUUUGGACUACAGCUCCCAUCAGCCCCAACCAGCUAGCUUGGCAAGGGAAGCCGGGAAGCUUGUAUCUAUAAGAAACCAAGGUAUCCUUACCUUAUGUCCCACAAAUAUACCUUUACUCUUAUUUUUCCUCUAGUUUACAAAGACACCACCCUGUAGAAUAAACAAAUGUGAAUGCCCUCCCUCCUAAAAUAAAUGGCAGCCUGUCCCUCCCACUCCAAAUUGAGACCUUCUGGCUUUCCUAACUGGACAAACUGCUGUAUGUUUUUAUUCAGGUGCUACAAAGCAGUUGACUCCUACAGCAGCUAAAAGGCAGCCCCUAUGUGUUCUUUCCUCUUUCCCCUGGUUGCUCUGCCUCUGCUAAUGGAGGUUGGGUGGGGGAAAUCCCUUUGUUUUUAAUACUAGCUGCUCCAUUGACAGGAGCUCAGCUGAGGGGCCUCCCUUGCCAGUCUUCCUCUGAGCCUUGCUAGCCAGCUGUGUGAUGGAAAGGACAGGAUGCCUCUUCUUCCUAGGUCCCACCAGAAGCCUGGUGGCUGGUGGUUCCAGAGAUCAGUACUGGGAGCAGUGGCAGACUUGAGGCUAACGUUUCAGAGGCACUCUGUGCAAUGCCAAAAUUAGGUGCCCCCGCCUCUUGUCUUCUGUUCUUCCUCAUUGUUGAAGCAUCCGCUGUGGAGCCCUCUCAGCUCGGCGCCCAGUGCAGGCGUUUCCCUAAAUCUGCCUCUCCUAGUGGCCUCACUUCCCUGAAAGUCAUCUUUUGCCUGCUGUUGUUUUCCUGAGCACACAGCUGAUCUGCCGAGUAAUGUGGAAGGCAGUGCACUAUGCCAGAGCACCUAGAAGCUGAUGUGAAAAGUGAAAGGUAGACAGGAUGCUGAGUGGGGAUGUAUUUUCUUAUUGGCGAAUUACUGUUUCAGACAAAAUGCUGCUGACAUUUAUAGCUGCUAUUACCUCCUUUAUAUAUAUGUGACUCUUCCCAGUUCUCUGGGGAACCUGACCUCCAUCGCUCUCCAGCACUGAACACGCUCCAUACAACUCAGAAGUCCCCUCUUUCCUCCCCACUGAUGGGCUCCCCCCCCACUUUUUAAUGGUCAGAUUGGUGUCAUCAUUUUAACCUUUGCCACGGUUCAGCAUGGCAGGAGGAAAGGCCCAUUGGCAUCAGGACCGUUUUCCACCUGAAAACUGAUGCUUGAAGGCUUUAUUAUUUACAGUGAAUUUGGCUGCCUGACCUGACCUCUGACCCCCCCCCCCGAGGCAGAGGUGCCUUACCUUGGGGUGUGCAUGGGUGGAAGGGAGGGUGCAUCUGCUUGCACAAAUGUUGAGCAUGAUUCUUCAUAGAAAUGAGCUGUGCUUUCCCUGUGAAGUGGGGAGAGCCUGGUCACUGUCACACUGCGCAUAUUUUCAUCUUUGCACCCCUUCCAACUUCUAAAGUUUUAUAAUGACAUUCAGUGACUUUGGUGUAUUGGAACUCGGGUUGUGCUAAAUAUUCUUCAUUUCAGCUUUGAGAGAGCAAGGAAGGGCAGAAAGAAAAACGUUUCCCUAAACCUGUUCAUGGUCAUCUUGCCUUUAGCAUGUUAAUUUUCUUCCUUAGUUACCAUUUUUUUAAAGCUGGCUCUGUGAUCUCUUUUCUCAAGUAAUGCCAGGCAAUCAAGGAUCAUGUAAUGGACCUGGUGAUGGCCAAAUCUGAAGGGUGAGAGCAAAGAAAUCCAGUUGAGAGGGAGGGCUGGACUUCCGGAUCUGGCUGUGUGGGACACAGACUGCUUUCCCUGCACACAGCAGGACUUGCUUUUCAAUGCUGCUGAAAACAACCACAAAUCCUGCCUCUGCUCUUUUGGCUCAACCCUAGUUUGAAAGGAACUUAAAAAUGCUUUGACGUUUGUCCAGAUCAUAAUUCACUACACCUGGUUUUUGUUUUUUUAACACGUAAGUUUAAAAUGGAAUGUGAAAAGUUAUGAGCCAGCUGCUUAGAAGAUCCCCAAGAUGGAGUCAAAUAAGCCAAAAACUCUGAAAAGGCCAAUGCUUAAAAAGAAAAGCUCAGGAUUUUGAGAGAGCCUAAGUGUCUUAUUGGUUUGCAUCUUACCUCAUCCCAAUUUAGUUAACAAAUUAUAUUGCUUUUCAGGAGCCUUUUCUAUUUAGCGAUAAACAUGGGCUUGUCUCUAUCUCUGAUGCAAUUGACCUUUUGUAUUAACUGCAAUAAAUACUAUGUUCAUAAACUUGUCCUAGUUAAAGGGGAAACAGGAGAGAAGUGGGGGAUCUCCAGGAGAGCCUUAAAGAAGAAAACCACGUGCACUGCCCUGAAUAAUUGUGGGGUGGAGGCACAUUGUGACCUUGCCCCCAAAUGUCUCUGGCCCAUGUUGUCUGCAGUGAUCCUGGGCUAGAUUGCUCUUUUGCCCCGAUCCCACUUGCCCUACCCACAGGGAACACUUCUUAUGAGGGAGCCUCUGAGGGCAGAAGUGUGGAGUCUGCAGAGUGGUGAGCUUGACUUGAUUAUAAAAAUAGAUCCUUUGUGGAAAGAAGAAGAAACCACAUGGGGGGGGGAGUCUAGUUACAAGGAUGAUUUUGAGAGUUGCUGUGCUAAGCAGAAUGAUCUCGUAAUAAGUUUUUUUUAAAAAAAAAAACCUUUCACUGUUUUAACAGCCUUCAGAGCUGGGAUAUGAAGUACAAGUAUUCCCUUGCUCAUAAAUGAUUGGUAAAGUUGCUCAAAAGCAACUAGUGGAUUUUUGGGAAUUGGCCUGAGGAACUCACAGGGAGCUUGUGUUCUUCUCAUUGGGGAUGUGUUUUAAAUCUUGCUGCUAUCUGUCACAAGCUGCUUUUCAGAAACAGGCUGUAAUUUUAUAGUGUCCUUAAUAUAAACAAGUGAAUGUAUUUCUUAUUGUUUAGGGAGGCACUUGGUGGUGGUCACAUGAGACAACAGCAUUCUGUAUUGGCCUGGUCCACACGUCUUGCAAGCCAAACUAUGGCUUAACGCAGUUACGCAGGCUGCGCAAGAAGAGCUUUGAUCCUCUCUGAUUGUGUUGCUGCUGUGCUGUGCUGAGUGAAUCCAUAGUUUGGCUUAGUGUGUUGUCAGAUUUAACUCUAUCCUGGCUAACCGCAAGCUGUAACCACGGUUUACCCUAUGGUUUGCUGCUUAUGGUUUGUCCAGGUGUGCUUAGCUGGGCAAAGCCCAUCAGCAACGUGCCCAGGCAGGCGCACAAUGGUUUGCAGAACCUGCAUGCUCACACCCUUGGAUUACCAUGCUGCACUUGACAGCAGCUCACCAAGGUGAGGUGCAGCUUCCGGCCCAAGACUCAACAGAUCUUUGUGCUAUCAAGGGGGAGCCUCCCUGGUUGCCUCCAGUGGCAGUUGUGAUAGUGAGCAGUGGAAGGAGGAGGAAGAUGGCAUGCUUUCCCCAUUGUUUCAAUAAGAGUUCUGGAUUAGUGACAGUGGAUCCCUAAGGGGUGAGACCUGCCACAAAUGCUCAAGUGGGUUGCGCAGUUUACUUCUAUAUCAGUGUUGCAACCUCCACAAACGAAGGUAGAACUAGGGUUGCCAUAUUUCAAAAAGUAAAAACCAGGGCACCCCAAAAGUUGAGCUUUUUUUUUUUUACACAAAACCCCGAGAUUUUUCAAUUGACUUACCUAAGAUCCAGCAGGACAAAGCACCACCUUUAGGAAAUUCCCUCCAGACAUUAAUUCCACCUUUGAAAUCCUGGUAAUGUCCAGGAAGACCUGGAUGUGUGGCAGCCCUGGGGAGAUCACAUGCUUUGCAUGCAGGAAGCUUUGGAUCAAUUCCUGGCACCUCUAGUUUUUUAAAACAAAAUGCUGCUUUAAGGCUUUGGAGAAACACUUCAUUGGGUGGGCAGACUUCAAGCUUCCAGGAUCUAUUUUGUUUUAUUUGAACCCCCCAAGAUUCACCACCUGCACUAAGUGGAAGACUAGUGGCUUUAAGAGCUGGGUGCACUUGUAUGAACAGGGUGCCUUUUGCUCACUGCACAGUGCAGUAAUUUGAAUUUAGUAACAAAAGUGAGCUUCUGGGUCUUGUGACCCACAAACUCCAAGUGUUCUUGAAUUCAGUGGCCUAAUUUGUAGUGAAGCAGCCUUUUGCAUUUGUUGCCAUCGCUAAAGGAUUGAGAAGCAAACACUUGCCAAACCGGCCAGAGAUCUACUCCCCCCCGGCCUAGACAGACUAAUACUCAGCCUUGGUACGAUGUAGAAUUGGGGGAGCAUGUGAGCCUCCAGAAGCUGCUCCAACAAUGCCAAGCGCCUUUCUGUAUUCUGGUCCUGGGUCCUAGAGCAUCAAGCAAAGCAUGACACGAGGGACGCCAGUACCUUCCUUGCUAAAGGAAAACACCCACUGCAGUGUCCUGCUUUUUUAAUGUGGGGGCUUCACUUUCACUGACGCCCAAAUGCUGUGCUUCAGCAGGGUCAGCAUCUGGCUGUGGGGCUGCUGCUGAAUUAAUGGCUGCAGGAGGACCCUUCCUCUUUCUGAAGAUAAGUUUCCUACAUCAGCCUUUGCCAACAUGGUGCCCUUUGGAUAUUUUGGCUGACAACCCUCAUCAGCUCCAAACAGCAUGGCUGGAGCUGAUAGUAGAUCUAGGCUCAAAGAUCUACUGAACACCUGCUUGGUGAAGGCUGCUUGAAAUAGGGAUGAAGCAAUAUUGUAGCCAGGAAGCAUUGCCUCUUUCAAAGACCCCCCCCCUUUUUUUGCCUGAUCUGGUAAAAAGAUUGUAUGCUCGUCUGCCUUUUUCUCUGUAUUUGUUUUUGUGUCUUGACAAUAAACACAGAUGCUGAAGUCUCUUUGCUGCUG